AGACAAGUAAUGCCAAUGGAUUUCAUUGAAAAUAAAGGAGAAGAAAGUUGUCGAAUUUGAGGUCGAUUAUAUAUGUACAGAAUCCGAUUAUGUAUCUAAAAACUAAAAUUAGAUUAACAAAAUAAGGAAAUUGAGGGUAUGUGGUGCCUGUAGUUUAGAUUACUCCGCCGAACUGGCAGGCAGGCAGGCAAAAAAGGAGAAAGGUGCUUCUGUUCAUACGCGCAUUAUUAAUAAAAAGGGAAGGUGCAGAAGCAGCGGCAGAUGAUCGUCCUUUCUAGAGCUGCGCGGCUGCCUAAGCCCAUGGCUUCCUUCUCUCGCCCCCGCCCCAGCUCCCGGAAGGGUUCGGAGAUAUGUGUAUGGCCUGGAAUGGGACAGCUUUGCUUAAGAAAGAAUCUUCUCUAUGGGUUUAUGAGGCUGUUCUCGAUGCCAUUCAAAACCUUGUGCAGUGUUAGCCGCAGAGUCGGAGGAGUUUCUCAAUUUUGCAGUGUCAGUAUGUGUAUGCCAUCAAAUCUGCAAAUUGAACUGGUACCUUGCCUUCGAGAUAACUAUGCAUAUCUAUUACAUGAUGUAGAUACUGGAACUGUAGGAGUGGUUGAUCCGUCUGAAGCACUACCUAUUAUCGACGCAUUGAAUAGGAAAAACUGGAAUUUGAACUACAUAUUAAACACUCACCAUCAUUAUGAUCACACCGGUGGGAACUUGGAUUUGAAAGGAAGGUAUGGCGCAAAGGUAAUUGGAUCAGGUUCAGAUGCUGAGCGAAUUCCUGGUAUCGACAUAGCUCUAAAUGAUGGAGACAAAUGGAUGUUUGCCAGCCAUGAGGUGGUUGUGAUAGCGACGCCUGGUCACACACGAGGGCACAUCAGUUUUUACUUUCCUGGAUCAAAGUCGAUUUUCACAGGGGACACAUUGUUUAGUUUAUCAUGCGGUAAACUUUUUGAAGGAACACCCGAUCAGAUGCUUAAUUCCUUGAGGAAGAUCACUUCGCUGCCUGAUGACACUAACGUGUACUGUGGUCACGAAUACACCUUGAGUAACUCCAAGUUUGCACUGUCGAUUGAACCGGGAAACAAGGAAUUGCAGUCUUAUGCUAAUCAUGUAGCUCACCUUCGCAACAAGGGCUUGCCAACGAUCCCAACCACGAUAUCGAAGGAGAAGAUGUGCAACCCGUUCCUUCGAACUUCAAGCAGUGAAAUUAGGAAGUCGUUGAACAUUCCCGGGACUGCAGAGGAUGGAGUGGCCCUUGGCGCCAUCCGUCAAGCCAAGGACAACUUUUAGGUCGAAUGAAGAAACACGGCCUUCUCUUACUAGCCAUGAAGAACUCAUGUACAAAACCAUUGCAGACGAUUUUAAGAUGACACAUUUUAUAGGUCAGAUCAUUUUCUUCUUGUCAUUAAUCCAACUAUUUUCAUGAAUUACGCAUCGACUGGGGCAUAGCACGACAAUUGUCACUUGGAUGAACUGCUAGUAGCGUGUUAGAACCCGAAUACUGAUGAAAUUUUGCUUCAUCUGUCGAACCGAGCUUGGGUGCAUUGUGUUGCCUAUUGAAUGCUUAUUGUCAUGAGCUAGUUUGGUGAUAUUCAUGCUUGUCAUAAAUGUGCAUAUUCGAAAGUGCAACUGAUUUCGACAAUUUUAUUUA